AGAAAAUAUUGCAUAUAAGUUCUUUUCUCAUUUAAUAUAAAAAGCACCGUCAAGUUAUAAAUUUUAGUUUAGUUGUUGAAGUAAAUUAAACAAGAAUUAUGAAGAAAGUACUGAUUUGUUGUAUUUUAGUUGUACUUCUUGUAAGUGCUUUAGCAUUGCCAGAUCCAGAACCUCAAGGUGAACAUAAUAGAAAAGGAGGAAAUCACGGCGGUGGCGGCGGUUCUAAAGGCAGUAGCGGUCAUGGACGUUCAUCAGGAGGUGGAGGUAGUCAUCAUGGAGGAGGUGGAAGUCAUGGUGGUGGAAAAGGUGGAAGUCAUGGACGUUCCAAGUCUCAAGGACAUUAAAAUUAUUGAUUUUUAAAAUUUCUUUAAACCGCGGUUUUUGUAAAUACAUAAAGAGAUUUAAAGCUUAUAAUAAUAGAAAUGUGUUUU